GAUUGGUGGGAAAUAAAUAAUAUAUAGUACACGCUUGCGACACACUGAGUAUGUGGAAUUUACUCAUUUUACUGUGUUUAAUGCUCGUUACAGCUGCGAAAAGAACACCAAUUUGUGCAUCGAUUUUAACUUAUCAGAAACUGCGACACAGAUGGCGCUGCCGAACGGCCUACUCAAGGCGCAGCCGGCGCAGCCUUCAUCAAUACACUGUGCUUUGCAUUUCUUUCUUACACAGAUUUUCCAUGUGCUCGAGGUGUCUAGGUGUGUUUGCGUACCUACCAUCAACUGCUGGUGUCGUCUUUGGUAUUUGUCACCUGCCAGCAUUGUGUUGAGUAAACUUGAUUGUGUGCACGUUCCUCAUGGUUCGAUAUAAGUGCGCGGUAACCGGCUGCGCAAGCAGCAGCGAAACUGGGGGACUGUCGUUUCAUUCUUUUCCCACGGCCGAUGAUCGACGGAAAAUGUGGUUGGAGGCGCUAGGCUGUGGAAGCAGUGGAAGUACACUGGCACGCCGGGUAUGCUCGCUGCAUUUCGACGAGCGCGCCUUCACACGUGUUGGCUCCGAGACUCAACGUGGUAUGAAGCGACGGCGGCUGUGCCCCGACGCAGUUCCGAAAGGCAGCGCAUCUGCUGCUGGGGUUGGACGUGCUAUUACUGAAGAGCGCACAGGAACAGACGCUGCCAUGCUUGUAUGCCCUAUGGAAGCAUCAUGGACAGUGGAACACAAUCCUUCAGCACUCACCAACACAUCGGAUAACAGCAUUCAUUUCGUGGAGUCGGACUUCGCCAUUGGCUGCAAUGCAGAAGUUGGCACAGACACCGGAGCAUGCGGUGACAUGUCCCUCACUCAUCUGACUGCCGGUUGCAAGCCUAAAGAGAGUGCCAGAAGUGACCACAGUUACUGCAGAAUGCGUCAUUUUGCUGUGCAAACUGAUGGGGUGCAAGCUACACACAUGGUGUCGAAAGGUGUGCAGGUGGCAACUACUCCAAAAGUUCGUUCCGAAGGGACACAGACGGACUUCCAGGCUUGGUCAACUGCGGGAUGUGGGGAUGAAUUGGAAGACACUGCAGAGAUACUUGACUCAUCAGGUCACCGUAUAAGAGCACCGCUUCCAUCAUCUCCAAUAAGAUGCUCGACACCACUGCCAUCGGCAAAGGAUCUCGACGAAACAUAUGAGCCAUCAUUUCAUGACUCACAUCUACCAAGUGGUUGUGAUUCUGUGCCACCUAGCGCUGAAAAACAGUACAUCGUUUUUGAAAGCUGCUUGAUGGAGCUAUUCAGCAUGUGCACAGUUUGCCAAGCAUCGUGUAAAGCUGAAACUACACUCUAUGGCUCCCUUCUACAAGUUGAGACCACCUGUGCUUGUGGGCACAAGAGUUGUUGGUUGAGCCAACCAAAAGUUUCUAAUAGGGCUUUGGGUGGCAUGCUUUUGUGUGCCGCUAUAUGCUUCUCAGGCGCGAGUCCUGAGAAAGUUCUGAGGCUGCUGAAGCAAGCCAAUAUUCAAGUGCCAUCUACGAGGACCUACUACAGCUACCAAGGUGCACUGUUCCAGCCCGCCAUACAACGUGUUUGGGACACUGAACGAGAGGCUGUAAUCGAAAGCCUUCAUGGACCAGUAGCAUUAGCUGGUGACGGCCGGUGCGACUCUCCCGGGUUUUCUGCGAAGUUCAUGACUUACACUUUCAUGGCCAUUCAAACUAGUAAAAUCAUCCAUUUCGUUCAGGUGCAGCUUGGAGAGAACAGCGAGGUGAGAUCCAGCAAUGCCAUGGAAAAAUUUGGCCUGAAGAAGGGACUUGGGGAGCUAAAGGACCAGAACGUCACUAUUUGUUCAUUAACUACUGACAGGCACGUGGGCAUCAAAAAGUACAUGAGGACAUGUGAGCCGGGUAUUGAACAUACCUACGACGCGUGGCAUGUUGGUAAAGGUGUCAAGAAAAAGCUCACAGUUGCAGCCAAGAAAUCUGCUUGUGCUGCCUUGAAAGAUUGGAUACAGCCAGUGGUCAACCAUCUGUACUGGUGUGUUGCCGUUAGUGAAGGUGACUGGGAUCUACUGGUAGCCAUGUGGAAGAGCAUGCUGAACCACGUCAUAAACAUGCACGCUGGCCAUGACAGCCCUUAUCCGAGGUGUCUGCACGGGGAUGUGCAAAAUGGAAAGUGGUUGACACCAGGACACAGUUGGCUGCUCUUCACCACAACGAAAAUGCAGGUCGAGAGCAGGCAGUAG